AUGGUCGUGAUUGGAACUACCAAAGAGGAGGAAGAGGCGCUUAGGGCCGCCGCCGCCGCCUCCAAUGAUCCUCGCCUUUCCUAUGUAUCCAGUACCGAUGCAUCUACGCUGUCUGCGUAUGAGACUGCGUCUGAGUUUAGCGACCUUAACUUCAACGAGGCACGGCCAUUUCGGCCAGAGCUGGACGCUGAAAAUGACGACGCCGACAACGAAACGCUUGAGUUGGGGCCCGAUGAUACGGUGACAACGCCCCGCCACUCAAUGUCUCAUCUGAGGGCAGAGGAUGGUGUCGGCGCCCCGUUGGUAGGAGACCCACUUAUCUCCGGCGGAUCUAUACUUGAAGGAGCCUCAGCCGCCCCGGCACCUCCUAUAGCCGAUGAUGGCGUAAAUCCAUCAAAGGCGAUGCUAGGUGAGCCGCAAUUUGUGCUGGAUCCUUAUAAAAAAGCCUCCUCGCUGCUGGCGCCAGCAAUGCAUUCUCAACCAUUACCUCUUACAACUACCAUGGACGACGAAGAUUUGAUACUCCCAGUUCAAAGGGAUUUGCCAUUUGAUCCAACUGGCAUGAGUGAGGAUCAAUUAAACCGCGUCGUAUCUCAACGUUCUGAACGUGGCGAAUCGAUCGUCAUGCACAGAACCCUAACGAACAAGACACACAUUGACGUCCGUGAUUUGGACUACGAUAAUGAGCAAGAUCCUUUGAAUCCAUUCAAUUGGCCAACCUGGAAGAAAUGGUUUGUCACAUUCACCAUUGCCAACACCUGUCUUUGUGUAUCGUUAGGAUCUUCCUUAUAUGUUGCAGCUGUGCCUGAACUAAUGCACAAAUUCCAUGUCUCCCAGACCUUGACCAUUUCUGGCCUUACAUUCUAUCUUUUGGGUUUGGCUCUCGGCCCGGUUGUCGCUGCGCCCCUCUCUGAGAUCAUUGGUCGUCGUUAUAUCUACUUGGUCACAUUCCCUGCCUGUAUGCUAUUUGCAAUGGGUGUUGGAUUGAGUAAAAAUAUUGAGUCCGUGUUGGUCUUGCGUUUCUUCUGUGGUUUGAUCGGUUCUCCUCCAAUGGCUCUUGCUGGAGGUACCAUCUCCGACAUCUGGUCCGACUCGCCAGCUGGUAUGUAUUUGGCAAUGUCCUUGUUUUGUUUGUGCCCUUUCUUGGGUCCAGUAAUUGGUCCAAUUGUUGGUGGUUUUGCUGCCGAGCACAAAAACUGGCAAUGGACUAUGUGGGUCUACUUAAUGUUCUGUGGUGCCGUGCUUCCUUUCUUGUUGGCUUGCCCUGAAACAUUCAAACCCGCUCUUUUAGAAGCUCGUGCUAAGAAAAGAGGCAUCAACGUGAUAAAGCCUGAGUUUAGCUUAAAAAAUGCUAUAACUUCAUACUUGGGUCGUCCAUUGGAGAUGUUGGUUGUCGAGCCUAUCGUUUGUUUCACCUCCAUCUACAUUGCAUUUGUUUUCGCUGUUUUGUUUGGCUUUUUUGAGGCGUAUCCCAUCAUCUUCCGUGGAGUUUACCGUAUGGAUAUGGGUGUUUCUGGAUUACCAUUUAUCGGGGUUGGUGUCGGAUUGAUGUUAGGAGUAUUCCUUAAUGUCGUUUACAAACAAAUUGAAGGUAAGAAAAAAGCAAAGAAAGCAGCCGAAACUGGCGAAAAAGUCGGUUGGGACGCUCCUGAGUCUCAACUUAGAAUUGUUGAGAUUGGUUCAGUGUUCUUGCCAAUUUCGUUGUUCUGGUUGGCUUGGACGUCCCGUAGAUCUGUCCAUUGGAUUGCACCAACUCUUGCAGGUAUUCCUUUCGGUUUUGGUCUCAUGUGGGUUUUCUUAGGUAUCAUAUCAUAUUAUGCGUACUCGUUCCCCCCAGCUUAUGUUGCAUCUGCCAUCAGUGCAAACAACUUGUUCCGUUACCUCUUGGCUGCUGUGUUCCCACUUUUCGUCGUGCAAAUGUACCAAAAAUUGCACGUCGAGUGGGCUACCACGUUGUUCGCAUUCAUCUCGCUCGCGAUGGUCCCUAUUCCAUUCGUAUUCAGCAAAUUUGGCGAGAGAAUUAGACUGAAGUCGAAGUAUGGGUAUGUCGCUUACUUCAAAGCUAUUGCAGCAGAGGAGGCAAAAAGGAAGGCAAAUAAUGAGGUUGAGAAACACUCAACUACCCUGUCUUCCUCUCACGGUGUCGAGCAAGUUUAA